UGGAGUCCAUCCAUCUCUGAACACUCAGUAGCACACAUUGAGGACAGUCUGCAGCCAAGAUCCUGUGUUUAAAAGCAUCAAGCAAGGCCCAGGCACGAAGACAUUAUCUGGAGGGGAGGAGAGAGAGGCAGACGCAAGCCAGAGAGUACAGCAGCACACAACCAUUGUGAGUACAGCUGACUGAGCUGCAGAUAUCUGUCACAGAAGGGAAGAGCUCCUUACCAUCAACAUUAAAAAAAAAAGCAGCUCUGCUUAUUAUGACAGCAAAAAACUGAAAAGCCUCGCUGCUGGUGUAUUCUCCCUUCAGGUGUUUCUUAGGAAAGACAUCUGACAACACUAAAGAAGAUGCCAGAACAAAGUAAUGAUUACAGAGUGGUUGUGUUCGGAGCUGGAGGUGUCGGUAAAAGCUCGCUAGUAUUAAGGUUUGUCAAAGGCACAUUUAGGGAAAGCUACAUACCAACUAUUGAAGAUACCUACAGGCAAGUGAUCAGCUGUGAUAAAAGUAUAUGUACUUUACAGAUUACUGACACCACGGGCAGCCAUCAGUUCCCUGCUAUGCAGCGCCUGUCCAUAUCGAAGGGACAUGCCUUUAUUUUGGUUUACUCUAUCACCAGUAGGCAAUCCUUGGAAGAACUGAAGCCAAUCUAUGAACAGAUUUGUCAGAUUAAAGGGGAUGUUGAGAGUAUUCCAAUAAUGCUUGUUGGAAAUAAAAGUGAUGAAAGCCAAAAUAGAGAACUAGAUAGCACAGAAGGAGAGGCAAUAGCAAAAAAAUGGAAAUGUGCCUUCAUGGAGACCUCUGCCAAGAUGAACCACAAUGUCAAAGAGCUGUUUCAAGAGCUUCUGAACCUUGAGAAACGCCGGACUGUGAGCCUUCAGAUAGAUGGCAAAAAGAGCAAGCAGCAAAAGAGAAAAGAGAAACUCAAGGGGAAAUGUGUGGUUAUGUAGAUGUUUAGAAGUCUAAGGGAACAUCAAGAAGAUCACACAUCUUUACAGCACUUAAACGGAAACAACUCCUCAUCCCGCAUGUACAACAUCUUGAAAUACAUUCAUCUUAAGUAUGUACUUAUACAUUGAGUACCAAAUGAUAACAGCAUUUCAUUAAUAAGUUCACAUAAAAAAAAAAACAAGUGGGCUCUCUCACAACUUUAGCAUUAGACUCAUCGACUAUUACAGAUUCCUAAUGACAGAAGCUAAUAUGGAAAUGAGUUCGUUUUUUUUUUAUUGACUGAAAUUAUAAUGAAAUUGCAUGUUAAAAUCCUGCAUUUUUCAAAAAAAAGGGAAAAAUGAAAGAGACUUGGUGGUAAGAUCUGAGCAAAGAAUAUGUAUAUUACAAUUUCUCUGGCAAUUGGCAGUGCAUCAGACAUCAUUACUUGAAGAUAAAUGAACUAUGAAAUAUGACUUUGUUAUUUGUUCCUUGAUAGCAUGAUGCUGAUUAGAACACAAAUAUUACUGUAGGCUGACUUGUCUUAUGAAGCGAUCACAAAGCUUUUUCAAUCUUUCUUACAAGGCUGCCAAAGGAAGUAAUAUAUUGAAAGUCAAUAUAUCUUAUUAACAAGUUUGUAUGUCACCAGGUUAGGUUAACUAAUUAUGUAUAACUAAUUAUAUAUAAUAAUCACACGCAUUCUGUAGACUGGACAUGUUUUGUUUUUGGAGCCAUGAUGCCUUUAAAGGAUUAAAUUACAAAUACGGUAUCAAUUCAACACAUUUUAAAUACAUAUGUACACACACAUAUAAAAAAAACAACAA